AUGCUCGGCCGGCUCUUGCACUUGGGCUCUGGCGGCCCUUCAGCCACGCCUACCCAGGCCACCACAAAGACUUCGAGGCCUGUAUCCUCGCUUGAAUCCGUUCAAGAGGACAUUUUUACUAGAAACCUGCUUUUCCCAGACGCUCAUGCCUUGUAUCAACAUCGCAAUGAUCAAGUGUUCCCUCUAUCAACUACUCCUACCACCCCCGCCACCUCUACGGCAAAUGCUUUCGACUAUAGUGGUGAUGUCGACUUGGACGUGCGCGAUGUUCGCGUUAUCAUAAUGCAGGAUGCCCUGGGUCCUUCCAAUGCUUCCCUACUCUUUGACAGCCACCCUGCUCCACCAUUAUCACCCACGGAGCGCGCGCCACCCUCUCCGGAGCUUCGUCGAUCAUCAGUCUCGCAGCAGCGCAAAAGCAGCCUUGGCGGUAUAUCACGUCCCCUCGUUAUUCAACCUGAAGGUUCCCAACCUUCCCCUAGACAAGGCGCUUUUGAUCGCCGAGCCUCACUACAGGGGCGCAGGGACAGCCAAGUCGAAUCAGAUGGACAGAAGGCAUCACGUGAGUAUCGUGAGGAACUUGCGACGUUCUCCGGCUGCAUCUUUGGAAACUCCGAGCUGUCGUCCUACAAGGGAACAUCGACCAAAGUCCAUGUCGUACCAAGCGAGUCACGCCCCGCCGACCCAUCCAACAGCAUCGUUGGUGAUGGUAGAAGCUCCAUUGGACGUUCCAGUGCUCGUUCUAGUCGCCUGUCUCAAUCUUUCUCCUCACAAGCCUUCUCCCCAACAAACACCACAGCUCCUACCCAUACUGCUCCUCACCGCCCGACUGAGAAGAAGAAGGUUUUGAUAACUCGCUUAUUUCCCGUCAAUCUCCAUAUUGAUGACCCAGAAUCAAGCGUUUCACCUUCGAAUAACUGGUCAGACGAGAGUGCCGGCUUCCCAUUCCCCACGACAAGCGACGAGUCUGUGCCCAAAAAGAAGAAGCCCCAGGUCAAGCAACGGCGAACCCCUAUGUACGCUGUGGUCCUAGUUGUCCAAUUGCCUGCCACAAACACCACUUCAAACCGCAUGUCUACCGCCCAAUCCAAAUCUGCACAACGUGAAUCAAGUUCCUACAAUGACCAAGAGAACUUCUUCCCAUCGUCCUUCAGUUCAGCUCGACCUUCAGGAUGGACUAUGGUUGGAUCUGGAAAUGGAGACGGGAUAGACUCAACCUACACAGCUGAUAUGGAGGAUAGAAUUGAUUCGCUUACUCGGCACUGGGAUAUUAUCAUGAGAACACUAACCCAUCUUCAGUCUGUGGUUGCCACAUCCCUCGCAGCAAUGCUCCGGCAAGUUGAUCUGACUUCUCCUGGACCUACCCCUGGACCAGUUCCGUCCUCAACGACAUCCACCAAAACUGGGCGAGCUCCAUCGUUCACUGAGCAGAGACGAAAUGAAAUGCCUCGAAUCAAGCCCCAAAAGGGCACCACUAAGCUCGUUUAUCUCUGGCCCAACUGCCUCUCAGAGGAUACAAAUAUUGCCGGAGAAGUCGACGCGUCUCGACACAGAAUUGUCAUGGGAUUGAGCGCAGCGAGAGUCGUGACUGGCCAAGGACGUUGGGGAAUUUGGCGUGAUGAGGCGCGCUGGACUUCUAAAUGGGUUUCUGGAACGGACCAGCAGAAUCAGUUCUUUUACAACCUUCUCACCGGGUUUCUCUCAACACACACAGACUGGCUACAGGCUCUCUGCCCUCCUUCCUACCGCAGAAGGCUCUAUCUUCAGCAAAAGAACCGAAACGAAGAAGACUUGUCGCUACCGGCGCGAACAAUCAUUGUUUCUGAUGACAAAAUGGUUGCUCGACGCCUCAUUUUCCUCUUAUCUGCUUUCCUACCUGCCAACUCGCAGUUUCCCAUGCCCCGUGCCCAUCGGCCCAGCACUUCGACUUCACUCGGGGCAUAUUCUAACUCACCCCCCACAUUUGUUAUCCCUGUUCUACGGGAAGAGUCCCUCCGUCGCAAGAUUAAUCGUCGCACAGGGCUCCGUCGAGCUUCUCACUCGAGAACGACCAGUCAGAGUGCGAGAGCCUCGACUGUUCCUGUACAGCUGGCCCAUUUAACCAUGGAUCGGAACCAUGAAAGGCGUGUUUCAGAUGCAGCCUCAAUUCGGCCCCCAAACUUUGCAAUGUUUGGAAACGAUAUUGUCAGCAGGAAGAGCAGUGCAGCAACAACCACGACCAUUAUGCCCGAGACAACCAUCCCGCAUUUCUCGACGGCCCAACGAGUGGAGUCGCAGAGACGACCUCGCCCUAGCAGCAGCGGAAGCGUCGCUACCGACGACCUGAAGCGCUCUCUGAAGCGAGGCGAAAGCACAGGCGCGAUGAGCACUACCAGCACCGAUUCUAGGAGUCAAAGUUCGCGCUGGGGAAGCGUCAUUAGUGGCUUGUGGAGUACUCGACGCCGCGAUUCGACCACAUACAGCACGUAUAGUGGAUAUGAUCCUAAGUCUCCUGUAAAGGCCUCGUUCCACAGGACCGACAAGCUAUCUCAGAUGGUAGAAGAGGCAACUCUCGUGGAUGAUGUAGACGUUCCCCCGACAUCGACGCGACCUGCUACCGAUACUUUACGAGGAACCGGCACCCCAAGAGAAUGCAAAGGCCACAGCCGGGAGCCCUCGAUCCGCCCGGAUAGGACACCUGAUCCUACCGGUGCUUUUGAGUCGCCUGUCAAGACGUCCAUCAACGCUGAUGAUGGCGUUAUUGAUGUAGACAUUUCCUUUCCUGAUUACAUGACAACCUUUGAGUCUGCCAUCAGCUCGCCCUCAAGCAGCGGCUACUUAUCCACCCCUGGCCAGAACGGACUUGAAUCAUUUGAACAAGCAUCACGCUUGUGCAUUGAUGGCGACCUUCCUCUAAAUGCCGCUGGCUGGCUCAACCGUUACCAUCCCGAUUUUGCUCUCCAGGCUAUCCCCCCUCAGGAGGACCUUAUUGAGCAGAUCAAAGCAUCUCUCCAAGCCGAGCCCACCCCACCUCCUGCAUACCCAAUCUUGGGCGAUCUCAACGAGCGUUGGGUAGAUAUUAGCAGCGUCAUGAUUGCUGAUACUACCAACAACUCAAUCACUCGGCUUCGAUACCGUCGAUUGGUCAAGCCACGGGCGCCUGCUGACCAUCGACCGCUCACUGGCCCACCUGGUCUUUCGACCUCUUAUGGCGGACUUCUGACCCCCUCAAUCCUUCCCUAUGAGACACAGCUGGAGGAGGAAUGGAUUGAAGAGCCUGUCUUGUGUCCCGACGAGACCUUGACUGAUGCCGUUGAAAGAGUCAUUAGCUUGAGCCAGGACACCAGCAAGGAUCACUCGCUGGCCUCUUCUCAAACCCAUAGUGACACUCGUAUGAGCACAGAGGUUGAGGAGCCCCUUUCUAUCACAGCUCCCGCCACACCAGCUCUGGCUCCAGCACCCCUUGAGAUCCCCCGUGUCCAGUGCAAGACAGUUGUCCUUUCUGCACUCGAAGAUAGUAUUCGCGAAGUCAUUGACAUUCGCGAAAAGCGACACUUGGAGACAAACCACCUUAGAAAUGGCCGAUCACGAAGCCCACUUCAUGAUGCCAUUAGCAUGUGGCUGGACAAUCUCGAUAUUACCGAUGGAUGA